CGAUCCAUUGACUUGACCGCGGACCCAUGCGAUGAUUUCUAUUCCUACGCCUGUGGAGGCCUAUUCAAGUCACCCAACAAAAGCGAUCCUCUUCUGUAUCCUUUAUCAAGGAUGAACAUGAAGGGGCUAGCGAACCUGGAAGCCAUAUUCCGAGAGUUGCCCGACGUCAGUGAAUCCCGAAAUGCUGAGGAGAAGGUCGCCGUAGCAUAUCACGUCUGCACAAAUAGCCAGCUAAGCGAAGAACAAGAGAUACAGGCCGUGAAGAGGGCACUUGCCGCAAGGGGAUUCGAAUCGUGGCCUCUGCUGGCGGACAACUCCACGGAACAAAGGCAAUUUGGAAAUGCAACGGACGUGUUCCAUUAAGAUAGGAAUAUGUUCUGUUUUGAAGUGCGUUCUGUACACGACCACAAAUGGUCCUAAUGAUCGCCUCCUUGCGCUGGAAAUAGAGAAGUCGGGAAACUACGAUCGCUGUUGGAGAAACCUUCUGUUAAAACAUACGUCAAGCAGCAACGAAACUAAGGACACCGCAGACUUGGAAUUCCUUGUGACGACGAUGACUAACAUGAUAAAGCCGGACCUUCGUGAAGAACAGCGCAAAAAAUUCGUUGAAGACAUGAUUGCCUUCUUCACGGAAGAAGGGAAGCCUCGUAAUGGAACAAUAAAGCCGGUGAAAGUUCCAGCUAAGGGAAAUAAAACUACUGGAUUGAAGACAAUUCGGCAGUUGGAGGAAGCCUUGGAUGGGUUUCCUCUGCUGAAUGUUCUAAACAGCCAGUUCCGCUUGUGGAACACCACCUUCACUGAGAGUGAACUGGUUGCUAUUGGUGGAAUUGGAAAAGUGAAAGCAUUGCUGGAUUUCUAUAUGGACAACGAUCCGUACGUCGUUUUCAAUAAUUUUGGUCUUAAAGAAGCUGCCAAACUCCUACGGUACUCCUCGAAGCAAUACCUGAACUCCUUGAUGAGUUUAUGUAACGAAAGCCAGACAACCCGUGAAAGAUUUUGCGUCCGGUCUUUUGCGUCAGAAAGCGCGGCACAUUGUGAGCAAGUGGUACGGCGAACGCUACCUGGGAAGCCAUUCGAGGAUGGAAGCAAGAUAUAUCCUCAGCUAUAUUGGCGCAGCUUUCGACGAGCGGUUAAAAAGUACGCCAUGGAUGGAUGAAGUGACCAAGAGGAAAGCCAGAGAUAAG